CUACUCCUGCUGUACAGUAUUUCAUGAACGUACAAACCCUUCGAAUAUCACAAGCAAGGCUUCAACGCGCUCGAGGACAACCGGUGCUGAACGUGAGGACAUGUAUUAUAUCAGUGCUCAGAUUCUGAGAUUAGGCUACUUAAUACUGUUGCUCUAUUAUAGUCUACAGUAUUAUGUGUGUUUUUCUAAGUAACCAUUGUUUUUACGGGUCAUUGGGUAUGGUUGGAUGUAUUCAUGCGCCAUGCCUCAGACCACCCCUCGUCUGAGCGGGUUAUACAGUCUACCCUACAUUAAUUGCGUGCUGAAGUAGUCAUGACGGCCUGUCCUCCGUCUUAUUUUUAUUUCUUCCUCAAGACGAACGAGAACCUUCGCCAUCAGUGGAAAUGGAGAUAUGUGUUUAAAAUGUCUGACUUUUAAACGGAUGUAGCCUAUUAGAGAUUUUUUGGCUGAACAGUGUAUUUUACAAAAGAAAAUGGAACUACGGACAAGGGGUGUAAUUCACUGCUUAUUCGAAAUGGACUUGAGAAAUCACGGAUAACAAGAAACGAAAUGUUAAACGGUGACCUUAUUGCAUUAAUUUCCACGGUAAAUCUCCGUCGCUUAACUCCCGUUUCAUAUCACUGGGGAUAGCCUAAUGAACGUAGGUUCUACCAGACUUAAUGCUAUUCACCCGGAGGUAGUUAUAAACAAAUAUGCAUCAUAUGUUAAUCUGGUCAAUUUCCAUUCGUCGUUGAAACUUCGACUGUAGAAAUCAGGUGCACUUGAUGUGCACAUACAGAAUUAACGCUCCUAUGACUAUAGCUUGGUUGCAUAGAUGGCAAAUACAAGUGAGUUUGGGGAAAGCAACCCUUCGCUACAUAAUUAUGCCAUCACCGCCUCUGCGGUGAAACUGGCCUCGCUCGGUCUCAUCAUUUGCAUCAGUCUUGUAGGCAAUGUGGCGCUGUCCCUACUGGUGCUGCAAGACAGCUCCCUUCACAAGGCUCCGUAUUAUUUUCUUCUUGAUUUGUGCUUUGCAGAUGUAAUACGCUCUUCAGUGUGUUUUCCAUUUGUGAUGAUAUCUAUCAACAAUGGUUCCACUUGGUCAUACAGUAUUAUAGAAUGCAAGAUCAUUGCUUUCAUGUCCGUUCUUUUUUGUUUCCAUGUUGCGUUUCUGCUUUUCUGCGUCAGUGUCACCCGAUACAUGGCAAUAGCACACCACAGGUUUUAUUCCAAACGAAUGACUUUAUGGACAUGUGUGGCUGUUAUUUGCAUGGUUUGGACCCUUUCGGUUGCAAUGGCUUUCCCUCCGGUUUUUGACGUUGGCACAUACAAAUUCAUCCGUGAGGAGGAGCAGUGUAUUUUCGAACACCGAUAUGUGAAAGCCAACGACACCCUGGGCUUCAUGUUGAUGCUGGCAGUCAUCGUGGGCACAACACACGUUGUUUACAUAAAGAUGCUUUGUUUCGUUUACGAUCAUCGCAAAAUGAAACCCGCUCAGCUGGUCCCAGCAAUAAGCCAAAACUGGACAUUCCAUGGGCCAGGUGCGACUGGUCAAGCAGCUGCCAAUUGGAUUGCAGGAUUUGGACGUGGUCCCACCCCACCAACGUUGGUGGGCAUCAGACAGGCCUCGCAUAAUGGAAAUAGAAGGCUGUUGGUACUAGAUGAAUUUAAGAUGGAGAAACGCAUAGGAAAGAUGUAUUACAUGAUUACACUGGCGUUCUUGAUCCUCUGGGCCCCUUACAUCAUUGCUUGCUACCUUCGAGUAUUCGUCAAAAGUGCCACAAUCCCACAGGUCUACCUGACUGCUGCGGUGUGGAUGACGUUCGUUCAAGCAGGGGCAAAUCCUGUAUUAUGUUUCAUAUUCAAUAAGGAACUGCGAAUGCGUCUCAGAGCCUGUUUGCCGUGCUGUUUGCGCACACAAACCCCAAUGGAGCCAUACUGUGUCAUCUGAACGUUUCGUUUUCAGAAAACUAAUAAGAACAAUUUUCUUUGCCUGGUUACACAAUCUUAAGGCCACAUUUUGUAUUUUCCACAUGCACCAAGUGCAAAAGUUGCAAUUCUUCAGUUAUUAUACCAAUUUAGCAUACUGAGUCGUACUAGUAGCCCAUUUCGUCCCGUUAAUUUGUGAGAACGUUGUACAUUCUGUAAAGCUUUUUGUUGCUAUUUUCAGAACCUUUUUUAACCGAAUAUGUUGUAUAGGCCUUUACAAUUUUAGAAUUGUUUCAAAUUAUCAAUGAUCUCAUCUGUUUGCAAGUACAUAUUCAUCAUAAAUUUUAAUGUUGAUUGGGCCCCUUGCACAUUCCCUGUAAAAUAUACCUGAUUUUGUAUUCUCAAUAUAAAGCAAAGAGUCAGUGCUACAAAGAGAUAUUUGCAUUGUUUGUAUUUCUGAAUAAAUAAAUAAGAAAUUGUUGAUGCAUAUUUGUUUUAAUCCU